UCAGGAAGUUGCUUUUAGCUGACUGCUCAUUUGCUUCUUUUAAGCAUCCUGUCUGAAAAAAGUUGCUGUAAUUUAAAUGUUGGGGGAUAUUUUAAUAUUUUUCUAAAAUGCCCACUGAACACUUUUUUUCUUUGGGACAAUUUCUCUCUUUGUUUUGUUUUCCAGCAGGAAAUAAAGCAGCCCACAUUCCCCGGUGAAAUCUUCAAAAGAGAAGUAAACCCAGACAUUGUUUCCUAGGAGAAGUAAACCAAAGCAAUGGAGACGGAACUCUGCAAGGCUUUCCCAGAGUUUGAAGUUAAUCCAUUUCCAGAAGAGAAGGACAUUGUUCCAGGAGGAAAAAGGAAAUACAUAAAACCACAUUCUCGAAAUGACCCUAAACUGGAAGCUCUGCAAACAUUCUUGAUAGACUGGAUUAACACAACCCUGAAGCAUGAACACAUUGUGGUGAAAAGCCUCAAAGAAGACAUAUAUGAUGGCUUAGUACUUCACCAUCUCUUAGAGAAACUUGGAUCCCUCACUCUGGAAGUAGAGAAGAUUGCAUUGACAGGAAAGAAACAAAGGCUUAAACUGGCAAUUAUUCUGCAAACUGUGAGCCAGUGUUUACAGCUAGAAGAAAGUGAACUGAAAUGGGACGUGGAUGCCAUCUUCAAUAAGGACUUGUUAAGUACAUUACAUCUUCUGGUGGCCAUAGCUGGACACUUCCAACCAGAGCUUGCUGUACCUCCAAAUGUUAACGUGGAUGUAAUAGACACAGAGUGUACCUCCAAUGGAUUAAAAACAGCAGAUGCAGUUGAGUACAUUACCAAGGGCAGGGGACCUGUAGAAAAAUGUUCAAAAGCUGAAAUCUUUGAUGAAUUAUUGACACGUGCACCAGAGAAAAUGGAUGCUGUAAAAGAGGUGUUUUUGAAGUUUGUCAACAGACAUGUUGGAAUAUUAGGACUGAAUGUGAAAGAUAUUGACUCUCAGUUUGCAGAUGGUGUUAUAUUACUCUUGCUAAUUGGGCAGCUUCAGGGCUGUUUCCUGAAUCUCGGACAUUUCUUUCUGAAUCCAGGUUCUCUUGCAGAAAUGGUACACAAUGUUAACCUUGCAGUAGACUUGCUGAUGGAUGGAGGCCUUCUGGAUGUUCCUAUCAACCCUGAAGAUCUGGUGAACGGAGAUGAGAAGGCCACGUUGCUGGUCUUGUACUGCCUGUUUUCCAGAUACAAGACCAAAGGGGCAUGAAGAGCCAAGAUCAAAAGGCCUAUGUCAUUUUUCCUAAUGAGUAGUGUAAUUCUCAAUGCCAAAAAUUGUUGGAUUAUUUGCCCUGAUACAUAUUGUACACCUAAAUGGGAAUAUGUAUAAGUAAAUGUUAGAAACUGACAUUUGGCAAAUGUUUACAUCUACUGGGAAUUGUGACGAUUUCAAGAGGAUCAGCAGGAAAUGUCAGAUAUGCUUUUAUCAUGAGACUUGCUUUUGGCAUUUACCCUGAUGGCAUAGUAAACAUUCUUUACCAGCAGAUGUCAGAAAUCAGGAUGACAUUUGGACAUUCACUGAAAGCACUUGGCUAGUUUUGACAUUUAAUGAUGAGUAUCAGAAUUUUAUAACGUUUUUCUCUGGAUCUCUGAAAAUCUUCAGAAUUACCUGUAAAUUUCAGCAUUUGCCAUUCAGUUAUAUGGACAUUUUGGUGAAUAGUGGUUUUAUAGCAUCAUAACUUGGUUGUCGUCGAUAAGAUACAGAUUUGCAUACCUGUAGAGUUCUUAGUUGAUGUGUAAUUUAUCUCUAUCAUUGAGGGUAAAUUAAAUAUACAAGAAUUUUUACAAGGAAAAUUACUCAAAAGGGGAGCUUUUCAGCUAAAACUGCGUAUGAAAAUUGCUAUAUAGUUUCAGCAUUUUGUUUGUAUCUAAAAUGUUUCUCCAUAGAUAUUGUUAAUUAAGAUGUGAAGAUCACAUUGCAAGGUUUGAAUUGCUUAUUUUCCAAAUACAAAGCUACAAAAAACUGAAAACAAAUAAUUGUAUACUUCAGUACAGCAGGAAUGGUGAAGCCGUGGCACUCUGCACCUCACUCCAGCUCCCAUCAGCCUCAGCCAGCAUGGCCAAGGAUCAGGGCUGAUGGGGGUGACGGUCACUGCUAAAUCUCUUCCAAACUCACAAGUGAUCAUUUAAGAAAGGGCUUCAUGGGAGAUGAAUUAGGCUCUGCACCUCACUCAAGAACUGUGGGCAUUUUCAAGGUUCAGACUAAUUUUGCAAAAAGUGGAGGAAAGGUGUCAAGUUCAGAGCUGCAAAUGGAUCUAUAUUUGAUUAUAUUGAUUCUCAUGUUGUGACGAGCCUUCUGCAUGAUUUCUCAUACCACUUGAUCCUAGUGCCAAGAGAUCAAAUGAAGAAUUGUCUUAAUUUAUUGGCUUUGCCUGUGUUCAGAAGAAAAAUAAUAACAUUGAGGUAUACCUGAAGUAUAAAUGGAUCAG